UUUUGCAAGGAAUAGUGCUGUGUGUGCAUUAAAACUACUGAUAGGAAUCAUAGUUAACCAUUCACUGUCCAUUUGUGUGACUUGACCAGAAGUAUCGCAUCUAAAGCUUCAACUAACAAAAUGGGGUUACCUUGUGAAAUUGAAUUGGUUUCAAAAUUUGAAAACCUUAAUUUUGACGGAGUUAUUCUUGUGUGUGAAAAACUAGAUGACUUGAAAGAUUCUUUGAGUUUUCUAAAGAAACCUUUGGAGGAUUUAAAACAGAUUGAUGAUUCUGUUGGAAAGUCAGUAACAGUUGCUGCUUUGGAUGGCGGUUUGAAACGAGUGAUCUUUGCACCAACUGGUCCUCUGAACCGAGAUUACGACGAUGUUCGUAGAUUUGCUGACGCGGCAGAAAACGGGAUAAAACGAGCGAUUAAAGCCGGCUGUCAAUCACCUGUGCUUGUCACUGUGAAGAAUGAUAAGUUCAAAUACGCAAGUUUUGUUGCUGCACUUGGCGCAAUGCAAGCACUUUAUGUUCCAUUGGAAAUACGAGAAGCUAAACCUGAAAAGAAGAAUAAGUUACUGAAACUUGGUUUAUGGAGUGGAGAAUCUUCCCCAUACUUGAUACCUACUGUAGAUGCUUUUGAAAGUGGAAGGUCUUUAGUUCGUGACAUCCAGGGUUCGGAUCCUGAGCGUAUGGCGCCACCACGUGUUGCAGAUUACGUUACAGCAAACUUCGCGAACACAAACAUUAAGGUUGAGGUUGUAUCAGAUUGUGAUUACAUUGAGAAGAAUUAUCCUUGCCUUGGUGCUGUGAACAGAGCUGCUAAAGUGGUUCCUCGGCACAAUGCUCGCGUCAUCAAACUUUUCUACGAGGGUUCGGGUCCAAUCACAGACACAUUGUUCCUUGUGGGUAAGGGUGUCACUUAUGAUACUGGAGGUGCAGAUGUAAAAGCUGGGGGUAUUAUGGCUGGAAUGCACAGAGAUAAAGGGGGAGCUUCUGCUGUGGCUGGCUUCUUUCAGAUAUUGGAGAAAUUGAAGCCCGCCCACUUAAAAGUAUACGGCACAAUGUCCAUGGUAAGAAACAGCAUUGGAGCAAAUGGUUACGUGGCUGAUGAGAUUAUUACUGCAAGGUCAGGGAAAAGGGUUCGUGUCGGCAACACUGACGCUGAAGGGCGAAUGGCGAUGGCAGAUUGUUUGUGUGAGGCAAAAGAAAUGGCGAAGAAUGAAGUGAACCCACAUCUUUAUACGAUCGCUACGUUGACUGGGCAUGCUAUUAUUGCUAUGGGACCUGGAUACAGUAUUGCGAUGGACAAUGGUCCUGCUCGUGAAAUACAGAACAGCUUGAAGCUGCGAGAUGCUGGUGAUGCUGUCGGAGAUAUGUUUGAGAUAUCAACAAUUAGAAGGGAGGAUUAUGUGUUUCAUACAGGCAAGUCUGAAUACGAAGACAUCUUGCAAUGUAACAACGCCCCGUCAUCACGCACACCACGAGGUCAUCAAUCACCAAGUGCUUUCAUGAUUAUGACAUCAGGACUUGAUUCUCAUGGGUUGGACUCUGAUCACCCUCUCAAAUACACCCAUCUUGAUAUUGCGGGUUCAGAAGGGAAAUUCCCUGGAAUACCCACUGGGGCCCCAAUCACUGGUCUUUAUUCGAGAUAUUUUGGAAAGCAUUAGAUUUAAUGACAGGAAGGAGAUUUCAGUUCCGAGAAUUAAGAUUACAGAUUUAUUUAGUUAGAAGUGAAAAGAUUUUGAAAAGAAAAGAGAUAAAGAUCAAAGAAAUGUUUUAAAACAGAUUGUUGCAGUUUCUAAGUAAAAAAAACAUAAAAAAAUUAAAUUUGUGACCGAUGGAUUUUGUGAUGUGUAAUUUAAAUACAAAAUAUCUAUUGUAUCUCAUGACAACAUAAAGAACAUAUAUUAUAUAAACAUAUCAGCAUUCUAUAUUCCCAAAUCGCCUUAACUUAUAGUUCAUUAUUUAUAUACUGCAUUCAAAUAUGUGAGACAUACUUGUUAUAUAAACUUUCCAUGUCUGCCACAUUGAAAAUUAUAUUGAUAUUUAUACAAUAUUACCGUAUCAUUGCUUUGUUUCAAAAGUUUCUGACAAAGCAACCCUUUUCUUUAAUAACCUUUAAGAUUUAUAAUUUCAUUUUUUGUGUUUAAUUUAUGCACCUAUGUGUUAAUUUAAGUACCCUGUGAAGUUUAUGAUAAGACUGUGUGAUUUUUUGUGGAAAGGUCAUUCAUUGUUUGCAAUAAUUAAGGUGUGUGUGUAAAUGUCUCAAAAAAGAAGCAGUUAUAAUUUGGAAAUUUGAUUGGAAAUUUUGUUUUAAAACUGUUGCAACUUUCGCUUAAAGUCUGUUCUCAGGUAUAAACUAUUUAAAUGUCGUUUCAGAAGCUCGAUAUAUAUUCAAGUUUACCGGAAUGGCGUUUUAGUAGUUACAGUACAUUUAAAAUCCAGAAUACAAUGAAUUUAAUUGCAUUUUAUCUGAAUUACCUUCUAGUUCAAAAAGCUUUGGUGUAUGGACCCCUGAACACAAUAUAUUUAAUUAAAUAUCUUUAAUACAUUCUUCCAUUAUAUGAUCACUGUCAUUAAAAUUGAGAAUAAAAUCAUGAAAAGAAAA